CGAUGAUUUUGAGGAGGAGAAACGGAAUGGCCCGCAAGUAGAUAAUGCAGACGGUUCUUCUUCAACGCCUCACCAUUAAAUUAAUCCUCCACCACUCAAAAAAAAAAAACAAAUUUGUCGGAAAAUUUCUCUACCCACAAAGCGGAGAGCGCGCCUUCGAGUUCAGAGACAUGCUUGGUGAUUAACUCUGCUUCUUGCCUCCCCCAGUCAGCUGCAGAGAAAGGAAAACCAUGAAACUCCUUUCCCCUCCAUCUUCCUUGGCGCGCACCUCCAACUCCGUCUUACUGUUUUCGUCCAGCCGAAAACUGCCAAGACCCAGCUCGGGGAAGGUUCGGGUCUUCCACUGGAAGCCCAAAGGUGUCGUCUUGGCAAGGAGAAUGGUGGUGAGGGCGUGCGCCACAAAGGUGGAAGAGAAGCCCCCGGAAGGGACCUCCUCUACGGGCAAGUGGGGGAAGGUGUCUGCCGUGCUGUUCGACAUGGACGGAGUGCUAUGCAACAGCGAGGAGCCAUCGCGAAUGGCGGGAGUUGAUCUUUUUGCUGAGAUGGGCGUCCAAGUGACAGUCGAGGAUUUUGUGCCGUUCAUGGGUACAGGUGAAGCAAAUUUCUUAGGGGGUGUGGCUAAGGUUAAAGGGGUUGAGGGAUUUGAUCCAGAGGCAGCGAAGAAGAGGUUCUUUGAGAUAUAUCUGGAUAAGUAUGCGAAACCAAAUUCUGGAAUUGGAUUCCCAGGUGCCCUCGAACUCAUUACUCAGUGUAAAAGCAAAGGCCUGAAAGUUGCUGUUGCCUCUAGUGCUGACCGUAUCAAGGUCGAUGCAAAUUUAGCUGCUGCAGGCUUACCAUUGUCAUUGUUUGAUGCAAUUGUGUCAGCAGAUGCUUUUGAGAAUUUGAAGCCUGCUCCAGACAUAUUUCUAGCUGCUUCAAGGAUCUUGGAUGUGCCCACAGAUGAGUGUAUUGUCAUUGAAGAUGCAUUGGCUGGACUUCAGGCUGCCCAAGCAGCCAGUAUGAGAUGUAUAGUUGUAACUACUACAUUGGCAGCAGAGACUCUAGAAGCGGCUGGCCCAUCUCUAAUCAGAAAAGAAAUAGGAAGUGUUUCCCUUGAGGAUAUUCUCACUGGAGGUUCUGGCAGUCUUAAUGAGAAGACAAAUGGAUCUCACAGUUCACAGGCCCAUAUGGGGACCUCAUCAGAAGAGGAGAGAAGAGACAGUUUGUCAGUCGAGGAUAAAUAUGCUAACAACGGGAAUAUUCCUUCAACUUUGGGGUUGCAGGGUUCUAGGCGAGAUUUAUUGAGAUAUGGAAGUCUGGGUGUAGCUAUCUCCUGUCUCCUAUUUGCAGUCUCAAAUUGGAAGGCAAUGCAGUAUGCAUCCCCUAAAGCAAUUUGGAAUUUGCUAUUUGGAGUCAAUCGCCCAUUUUUUGGACAAGAUCAAGGUCAAUAUCAAGAUGCAAGAGUCCAACAAUUUGUGAAUUAUAUAUCAGACCUUGAAAUAAAGGGAGCUGCUCCUGUCGUGCCAGAAUUUCCAUCGAAGCUUGAUUGGCUUAAUUCAGUCCCUCUUCAGUUUAGAAGGGAUUUGAAAGGAAAAGUGGUGAUUUUGGAUUUUUGGACCUAUUGCUGCAUAAAUUGCAUGCACGUGUUACCGGAUCUGGAAUUCUUGGAGAAAAAAUACAAAGAUAUGCCGUUUGCUGUGGUGGGGGUUCAUUCUGCAAAGUUCGAUAAUGAGAAAGAUUCAGAAGCAAUUCGCAAUGCAGUGUUACGCUAUGGCAUCACCCAUCCUGUUGUGAAUGAUGGAGAUAUGUAUCUGUGGCGGGAAUUGGGAGUAAAUUCAUGGCCUACAUUUGCUGUUGUUGGGCCAAAUGGUAAGCUCCUGGCACAGCUAGCUGGAGAAGGGCGCCGAAAGGAUCUUGACGAUUUAGUUGAAGCAGCUCUGAUCUACUAUGGUGGAAAGAAGCUCCUAGAUAACUCACCAUUACCACUGAGCUUGGAGAAAGAUAACGAUCCUCGCUUAUCUAUAUCCCCUCUGAAAUUCCCAGGAAAGUUGGCAAUUGAUGUUCUCAACAGUCGGCUUUUCAUCUCAGACAGUAACCAUAACCGCAUAGUGGUAACGGAUUUAGCUGGGAAUUUUAUUGUCCAAAUUGGGAGCACUGGAGAGGAGGGCCUAAGUGAUGGUUCCUUUGAUGAAGCCACUUUCAAUCGCCCUCAAGGGUUAGCUUACAAUCCGAAGAAAAACAUUCUUUAUGUUGCAGACACCGAGAAUCACGCUUUAAGGGAAAUUGAUUUCGUUAACGAAACAGUGAGAACUCUCGCUGGAAAUGGAAAGAAAGGGUCAGAUUAUGAGGGUGGAGGCAAAGGAAAGAAUCAGCUGCUCAAUUCUCCUUGGGACGUAUGCUUUGAGCCGGUGAAUGAGAAGGUUUACAUUGCAAUGGCCGGUCAACAUCAGAUCUGGGAGCACGACACAGUAGACGGAGUUACUAAAGCUUUUAGUGGCAACGGCUACGAGAGGAACUUAAAUGGGUCAAGCCCUUCAAACACUGCAUUUGCACAACCUUCAGGGAUAUCAUUGUCGCCAGAUUAUAAAGAGGCCUACAUAGCAGACAGUGAGAGUAGCUCAAUCCGGGCAGUUGAUCUGAAAUCGGGAGGGUCAAGGUUACUUGCAGGUGGUGAUCCAGUCUUCUCUGAAAACCUGUUCAGGUUUGGAGAUCAUGAUGGAAUAGGGUCUGAUGUGCUCCUUCAACAUCCUUUGGGAGUCUUAUAUGCAAAGGAUGGUCAGAUUUACAUAGCAGAUAGUUACAAUCAUAAGAUCAAGAAAUUAGAUCCAUCAAGUAAACGAGUCACAACAAUAGCUGGGACAGGGAAAGCAGGUUUUCGGGAUGGAACACCACUCUCUGCUCAGCUUUCAGAGCCAGCAGGGAUUGUUGAAGGAGAAAAUGGGAGACUGUACAUUGCUGAUACAAACAACAGCCUGAUCAGGUAUCUCAAUCUAAACAAACAAGGAGCUGAACUUCUUACUCUCGAGCUGAAAGGAGUGAAGCCUCCUAUGGCAAAACCGAAAACUUUGAGACGGCUCAGGAGUCGAGUCUCCACUGACUCACUGACUGUUAAGGUUGACGGCAUUUCAUCCAAUGAAGGAAACCUCCGUCUGCAGAUCUCAUUGCCCGAAGGGUACCAUUUCUCGAAGGAAGCUCGAAGUAAGUUCGCCGUCGACACAGAGCCAGAAGGUGCAGUAUCGAUUGAUCCCUUGGAUGGAGAACUUGACCCACAAGGAUCUUCAGUUCUUCAUUUUAAGAAGGCCUCCCCUUUGGCUUCAACGGGACGAGUAUUUUGCAAGAUUUACUACUGCAAGGAAGACGAGGUCUGUUUAUACCAGGCUGUGGCUUUCGAGGUCCCAUUUCAGGAGGCAGUUGACGACUCUAACACUGCAGAUAAAGUUAUAGCCUAUACCGUGAAGCCGAGAUCUUCCCCGAGCAGCUUCCAACUACCCGAUUCCCGCCAACCACAUUUGGAGGAUACCAUAUGAUAUCGAAAAGUUACAUCUUAGAUUUCUCCUCCUUUGUUCACUUGAUAUACCAUCACAUGACUUGUAUACAUGAAAGGGGGUAAUUCCAUAAAUUGGUCCAAAAAGAAAUUAUUACGACGUAAUUAGAACUGAAUAUGAAAUUAAUUCUUUGUUAACAAAUAUAUAAUCGUCAUUAUCAUCA